GGCAGCGCCGCCAUUCUAUCGAGUUCGUGGCACGCCCUACAACUUCCUCCAUUGCCCUUCUUUCCGGGAUUCUCUGCGAGGAAGGAUGGCUCAGAACAAUUAUUUUGGGUUUACUCACGGCGGAACGCAAUAUGGAGCGACAAGCGCAGCCGCUUAUCAGACUGGUCAAGCGGGAUACGCAGUAACUCCAGCGGCAACUGCCGCCACGUACACUCAACGACCCGCUGCUGCCGCGGCUACAGGUUACGAAACGUAUCAAGCGGCCGCCGCUGCAGCCGCUACUGGGACUACAUACGCUGCUGCUAAUCCUGGUACUGUGGCUCAGACAUACGAUUACGGUUACGGACGUGCUGCACCUGCAGCUACAUACGACGCUGCUAAAACUUAUUAUCAGCAACCUGCUGCAGCUGCAGCGACUUACACUACGACAGAAACACAUUAUCAAGCUGCGAAACCUGCAUAUAGUACCACUAGUGCUUAUACAGGCACAGCCAGACAAGCUACUACUACUGGACAAGCUAAAACAUACCAAGCAUCAAGUACAGCUUAUCAGCAGUCUAAUCCUACUCAAAGUGCUACCUAUUCUUCAGGAUAUACAGCUCCUGCAACACCUGCGGCUACACCAUCGACGGCUACAAAUAGUUGGCAGGGCUACGGGCGAAAGGGAUUUGGCACUGGAGGGGGAGGAAUGAAGGCAAUGCGGCCCAAGCAGCCCCCUAAGCCACAACAACUACACUAUUGCGAUGUCUGUAAGAUCAGCUGUGCUGGACCUCAAACGUACCGUGAGCAUCUGGAGGGCCAAAAACAUAAGAAGAAAGAAGCUUCUCUGAAAGUACCGCAGCAACCACCGGCACGUGGGGCAGGCAACAGUCUACGUUGCGAACUUUGUGAUGUAACUUGUACUGGAAAUGAUGCUUAUGCCGCUCAUAUCAGGGGGGCUAAACAUCAAAAAGUUGUCAAGUUACACACUAAACUUGGGAAACCAAUACCAAGCGCAGAUCCAACAGUUCUGAACCCAAAACCAGCAGCCACAGCUAAAACUGCAGGGGUUAAGAAGCCAACCGUAACGGCUACUCCUAAAAUUAACUUUGUUGCUUCUGGAAAUUUGGGGACUGUAAAUCAAAAUCAAGCCCCGGAAAUUAAGACAGAGGAAACUGUAACAGAGGAAACUGUCGAAGAAGCAGCUGUUGAUGAAAAAGAUAUUCAACCAGUUGGUCAAGAGUACAUAGAAGAAAACAAAUCCGAAGAUGGAAAAAUUAUAAGUUUUAAUUGUAAGCUUUGUGAAUGCAGAUUUAAUGACCCCAAUGCCAAAGAUAUGCAUAUGAAAGGAAGACGACACAGAUUCGCUUAUAAGAAAAAAGUUAAUCCCGACUUAGUUGUUGAUAUGAAACCAAGUCUGAAACAAAGAAAGAUGUUAGAAGAAAAAUUUCGUAGACAACAAAUGCGAGACGAUUACUUACGACGUAGAGAAGAAAUUAAUCAAUUGGGACCUAUGGGUCCAAUGAUGGACGAGGAAAUGAUGUACUGGGAAGAGAGACGUCGUUACGAAGAAGAAUGUGAGUACUAUGAAUGGUAUCGACGCUAUGGACGUGGACCUGGAGCUCCACCAAUGCCACGUCCUUUCCCAGGACCACCACCAAUGAUGAUGUUCCCUGGUCCUCAAAGAAGGCCAGAUUCAUCAGAUGACAAACAUGUAUUAGCUCAUCAUACCACCAUAUAUCCUAAAGAACAGGAAUUGCUGGCAGUUCAGAAGAUCGUUUCACAUACUGAAAAAGCAUUGAAAUUUGUAUCUGAUACAUUGGCUGAAGCAGGCAAGAAAACAGUUCCAUCUAUUACUAAUGCUACAUCAACGACUCCAACUACGACUACACCGCAGCAACCUCAACAACAACAACCACAACAACAGCAACAAAAUACAGAUAUAGUCAAAAUUAAAGAAGAUUCUGACAAAAAGAAAACAACAACGCCGCAGAAAGAAGAUGGCAGCGACGGCAAUUUGUUUUCAUUCCAAAAGGAAAAAGAAGAUUCCAGGAUAUUAAGAGGGGUAAUGCGUGUUGGCAAUUUAGCGAAGGGACUUCUAUUAUCUGGUGACAAUCACGUUUGUCUUGUAGUCCUGUGUGCAGAAAAACCAACACGAUCAUUAUUGAAUAAAGUUGCUGAGAUACUUCCGGCACAGUUGAAGAUCGUAGCUCCAGAUGAUACUUACAAUGUUGGGAAGCACCCAGAGUCAGCAGCAUUAACUGUUUCAGGAGGCAGCGUGACUGUUAGCGUAACACUUACCAGUCCUUUAAUGCGCGAAACUCCCAAACCAGCUGCUGCUGCAGAUAAUGCUGGACAGCAGCAACAGGGAGCUGCUCAACCGCAAACAACGCCCGCGGCGCCCGCUGUGACGAAACCAGAUCCACCAGAUGUACUUCCCAAGGCUAAGUGUUUGGAGGCUUUAGCUGCACUCAGGCAUGCCAAGUGGUUUCAGGCUAGAGCAACUUCACUGCAGAGCUGUGUUAUGGUCAUUCGCAUAAUGCGUGAUCUUUGUAACCGUGUACCCACGUGGGGACCAUUAAACCCAUGGGCACUAGAAUUGUUAACUGAGAAAGUGAUUAGUACCGCUGGAGGACCUCUUAGUCCAGGUGAAGCGUUAAGAAGACUUCUAGAAUGUGUUGCUGGAGGAAUAUUGCUUCCAGGAAGUCCAGGAUUAUCUGAUCCGUGCGAAAAAGAACCAGUUGAUGCAAUAGGCAAUAUGACAGCCCAACAAAGGGAAGAUAUAACUGCUUCAGCGCAACAUGCUUUACGAUUAGUUGCAUUUCGUCAAAUUCAUAAAGUUUUGGGCAUGGAACAACUUCCGCCACCUAAAUAUAAGGGCCGAUAUGCUAGAAAACGAAGACGUGACAACAGUAAUGGUGAAGGCACGGAUAGUGAGGCUUCGAAGAAAGAUAAAAAAGCAGAGGAGAUCAAAAUGGAGACCGACUCCAAGUAGAUCUACCAAAAUAUUCGCUUUAUCGAUUUACUCAUAACUUAUAUAGUAUAAGAAAUAAAAUUUUCUCGUGUCAAUUGCUUGUUCAAUGAAGUUGUUUCUAUAUUGGAAAGAUAUCAAGAUUUAAAACAAGACUAAUGAUCUAUUAAUACAGUAUUGUAAUUAUUUGGAAUGUAUCUCCUUUUGGACAACCAAUAGCGCAUCGUUUUAAUUCGCAAUCGUGAUUUUAAUGGCGAAAGAAAUUAUUAGGUCGGAUUAUAUCAUUGCACCUUGACUUUGUUUUUGAAUGUAUAAUAAUAUCAUAGAGUUGUCACGUUUCUAUUAGUACUAAGUUUAAUAUUUUAAUGACAAAACAUUAUGCAUUGCUUUGUCUGUUGAGAUUUAAUUUUUUUAGCAAGUUCCAAACAUCUUUAAAAUAAUGCAAUAUUUCGGAUUUCAUUUAUUGAAUUUAUUUUACGUAAAUUCUAGUUUUCAGAAUUAUAAAAAUAAGUAUGGCGUUAGUUUUAAAAUAAAUAGUUACACUUUUGCAAGUAUCUCACUGGACACUUCUAAAAAGACUAAAGAUCUUUCCCAAACAGGCAAUUGGUACGAUUAGUUCCAGCACUAGGAAUUUGUCAGAGGAAAUGAUGAAUACGUUAAUUAGUUUUGAAUUACUUAUUUAGCUAUAUUUCAAAGUCACAAUGUAUGAUGAAAAAGUUUAAUAGAAAAGGUGGUGUAAAAACUGAACAUUUAUAAGUUUUGAAAAGUUAAAAGUAGGUUAGUUUGUAUUGAGAAUUCGUGUGUAUGUUGUGUGUGUAGUCGUAAAGAAGUGCAGAAUGUUUCUUUCCCUGCAUAAACAACUCCUAACAACGUAUGUUCACACCGCGUGUACUGAUUCACGCAGAAGAUUCCAAGAAAGCAGAGUUGAAAAAUCAAUCAUUAAAAUAAACGCUUUGCUGUCUAAUGAGGGUUAAGUGCACGUGUUAAGAAUUCUUAAUAUUUUCCUGUAGUUUGUUUACAAAUUUCACCGGAAGUCGAAUACUAUUUCAAAAUGUUUACAUUUAAUAAAUUCUUUUGACAUAGUGUAUGAAUCUUCUGUUGUACACAUGCAAUUCCUGAUUGAAUAAACCGAACAUGCAUGAGAUAAGAAUAAGGUUUUCUUCACUUCCAUAUUCCUUUGCAUAUUACAAUAUUGUGUAAGAGCUUUUACAAAUAAGAUGAGUUGAUAAUAAGCAUCCUCUUUAACAAGAAGGCCACACACACAAUAGCACUUCGAUUGUAAGAUUAUAAUUAGCUAAUCUUUUACAGAAAAAAGAACACUUGACAUAUAAAGAAAGUUAAUUUAUUUUUGGAUGGCACCGAGUAGAACUGAGACUGAUAUUGUAUUAAUUUUUUAAUGAAACAUGUAGAAGAUAGGAUAUAAAACUAAAGGAAAUAUAAUUUACGUUUAAUUUAAGAAGAUAAUUUAUAUAAAUUACGAACAUAAUUUCAUAUAACAUUUAUUCUGUUUGGUGCAACUAGUCCUUUCAAAUAAGUGUAUUAACGAUAUUCAAAUUCUAUAAUUUCGAUCUUUCUGCUUCUUAUCUUCGUCCUUUAAUUAGGGUAGGCUGAUAGGUUAUAAUAAUUAUAAGACAAAGUAUUAAGCCAUUUUUGUUUUUUCUGUUUUACAGUAUUAAUUAAAGUAUGUUUGUAUAUAUUUAAAUAUAUGAGAGACAUGUGUAAUAUCUUUAAUUUAUUAUUAUUUGUUAAACCAAAUAUUAAUGUAAUGUAAUGCGCUAUAUAUCUGCAGAUAUAUUACGAAGGAAAUUCACAAAUUUUUUUCAUUCAGUACCUCAAAUCUACAAAAACGUGUGUGUAGAGCCUUUAUAAAGUUUCAAAUCUAAAUAAUGCAUAUUAUCUUUUCAGUAUUGAGAACUGGAUGAUGUACUGAAAUUAAGGUGGGAAUUACGUUAUAUUUUUUUCAUAUAGAAAAAUCAUAUCAAACGUUCGCUGUGCCAUUCUAAUUAUACUUUACUUUUAAGAACAAUAUGUGAUUUAUUUCAUGUGAGAAAAGCUAUUACGUGUUCUAUUAUAAACGUACUUCGAUAGUGGAAGGUAAAUAUAUUGUUCUUAGAGUUCAGCUAUAUUAUCUGCGAGCUUUUUCGUUUUUUUUCCUUAUACUAAUGAUUCGUUGUAAUUAUUGAUCAAUUACGUAAUUGUUUAGUUACUUAAAACUGGUUACUUCGAUGUUAAUGAUGAAAUAUUAAAUUAACACGUUGAAUGUCACGGGGGUCAUUGGUAACCGGCGCGCCAAGAUUAGUAGAAACACAUAAUUUAAACAAAUAUCAAUAGUUAUAAAUUUUUCAUUAUUACCAUUGUUAGUACAAUGGUGUGACGAAAUUAAUGAAGCAUAAAACAUAUAGAAAUAGUUUCAUUUAUACAUGAAACAUAAACUUAUUAUGUGUGCAUAUUGCGAUGCACAACAAAGUAAGGGUGAGCCAGCACAGUUUUCACAAUAUGUUACGACUUAUGAAAAAUUAAGUAGAAGACAUGAAAUGCACAAAUUUUUGUAGCAUAUAAAAGUAUAAUAAACGCUCUUACUUGAUUGUUAAACGCUCUCGACAAGAAUAAAUACGCGGAACAAUUAUUUAACAAGUCGAAGAAAUAAUAUGAGAUAAUUGAUAAUUAUAAAAAAUAAGUGAUUCCUGUGAAAUAGCACUUCAGUGCCAUGGGAUCGCCGGUGACCUCUGUGAGAUAAAUUCAUUAAAUAUAAUUAUACAUCAUAAUUUAUCUCUUGUAAGUAAUAUUUCAACAUUAUAUGUAUCGCAUAAUACAAAAUUCAUCAUUUUUAAUUGAAGAAGAUAAUUUUUGUAAAUUACGAACAUAAUUUUAUAAAACAUUCAUUCUAUUUGGUGUAACUAGGCGCUACGGGUAGUCCCUGUAAAGAUAGAAUGGCAUUCAACAUGUUAAAAUUGUACAUAAGUAUC